AUUCUUGAAAGUGGAUUUGAUUUUACCAUCAAAGAAAAUGGUCUACAGUUGGAUCAACCUCCUAUCAUAGGAAAUAUAUCCACAGUGCGAGUAACUAUAGCAAAAAGUGACAAUGCAGAAGGCAUCAUAGAAUUUGAUCCUCAGUACAUCUUUCUACAAGUAGAGGAAGAUGCUGGAAUAGUUAUGAUUCCUGUUGUGAGGAAACGUGGAACUUACGGCUAUGUAACAGCUGAUUUUCUUUCUCGGAGUAUUUCUGCACUUCCCAAUGGUGUUGACUAUGUAAUCCAUAACAACUCAGUCACGUUUUAUCAUGGCCAGAACCAGACUUUUAUCUACAUCUCUAUUAUUGAUGAUGAAGAAAGUGAAUUUGAAGAGCAAUUUGAAAUCCAGCUGACAGGAGCUACUGGUGGAGCAGUCCUUGGACUCCACUUAGUGAGCCAAAUCACAAUUGCUAAAAGUGACUCACCCUUGGGCAUUGUCCGAUUUCUUAACAAAAGUCAAAUUGUACUUCCCAAUCCUGAUAUACCCAUGACACUGUCUCUGGUGCUGGAAAGAACUGGAAGAUUGUUAGGAGACACACAGAUUAAUUGGGACAUUUUAGGGCCCAAUUCAGAAGAGAUUUUAUCUCCUUUGAAUAGUGACAUUGGUGACCCUGUGAAUGGAUCAUUUUAUUUUGGAGAUGGAGAAGGAGGUCUGAGAACUAUUCAUCUACAAAUCUAUCCUCACGAAGAAAUUGAAGUUCAGGAGAUAUUUGUUAUUAGACUGAGCCUUGUGAAAGGUGAAACAGAAAUAGAUCCAAAGGCAAACAACAUUACACUAAUAAUACAGAAGUUUGGUGAUCCCAAUGGAAUUGUACAGUUUGCUUCUGAAUCAUUAUUUGAGCAGAAUUAUACAGAGCCCUCAGCACUGGAAGGACCACGAAGUAUUACACUAUUUCUCAGACGGGUUCGGGGCACUUUGGGAAACAUAACGGUUCACUGGAAGUUAUAUAGUGAAUUUGACAUGACAGGUGACUUUCUUACAACAGAGGGAUCUGUUGUCAUUGCUGACCAACAGAGUACAGCAGAAAUAAUUAUCUACCUGUUACCUGAUGAUGUUCCUGAACUGGAUGAGAACUAUAUAGUUCAACUGAUUUCAGUAGAAGGUGGAGCAGAUCUAGACGAAGAUAAAAGAAUUUCAAAGAUAAAUGUUUUUGCAAAUGAUGAUCCCCAUGGAGUAUUUGCCUUGUACUCUGAUCAGCAGUCAGUAUUGGUAGAGAAAGACCUUGAUCGGUAUGUUCAGAUUAAUGUAACUCGGCAUGCUGGGACAUUUGAAGAAGUGGUCAUUGAAUACCAUAUCUUGUCUCAUCAAGAAAAAGAACUAAUUGCACCUGAAAAUGAGAGGGGAUACCUCACCGUAAAAGAUGGUGCCAGCUUUGGUGUGAAAAGAGUGCCAAUAAGCAGCCAGGCAUUCCUUUUAUUGGGCUUGAAUUUUACUCUGGAACUGAUUAAUGUAAGCCUGGUUAGGGAAAGUGCCAAGGAUGUGCCUAAAAUAUUAGGAAAAGCAAAGUCAGCUGUUGUACUUGUUCCUGCAGAAGCUGCCAAUUCACAGGUUGGCUUUGAAUCUGUGAUUUUACAACUUACAAAUAUUGUAGCAGGAACAGGUCAGGCUGUCAUAACCAGAAAAGGAGUUUAUGGCUCUGUAGCAGUUAACUGGAUUUCAGGAUACCCACCAGAACUAAUCACUGACUUCAUUCAGCCAGGCAAUAUUACUCCUUCUUUUGGUAUUGUUCUGUUUUCCUCUGGUGAUCAAAGUAAAGUAAUCUCAUUUCAAGCUACUCCAAAUAUAAAUAAACGUGAGUCAUUUGCCAUCUCUUUAACAGAAGUGCACAGCAAUGUGUCUGGUGGGGCUCAACUGAGAUCAGGAUUUACAAUAGCUGAAAUUGAGCCAAUGGGGAUAUUCCAGUUUGCUUUUAACUCAACAUUCAUUUCAGUUGAAGAAGAUGUUGAGUCAGUCACACUGCAUGUCCAAAAACUGUUUGGAUUUCGAAGUAAUGUCACUAAAUUGACAUAUCAGACCACUCCAGGAAGUGCCAAACCACUAGAGGACUUUAUGCCUAUUCAUAAUGGGGAGCUUAUAUUUGCACAUUUUCAGACAAAUGCCAUGAUAGAAAUAUCAAUAAUUGAUGACACUUUUUCUGAAAUUGAGGAAUAUUUUUUUGUAAAUUUGACUGCUGUUGAAAUUUUGGAUUUUCAACUUGCUAAACUUGACUGGAGUCCACGUUUAAAUCCAGCUUUCAGUGUUGCAACAAUUAAUAUCCUGGCUAAUGAUAUUCUUCAUGGAAUACUAAGUUUGGGACCAGAGUUUAUUUAUGUUGAAGAAGAUGCAAACAAUAAUACUCCCAACACAGUGAUAAUUAAUAUCAGAAGGACCCAGGGGUUUACUGGCAAUAUUGAAGUAACCAUUAAAACCUUUGGAGGAAUAAGUGCACAGAGUGGAGUAGAUCUAUAUCCUUUUGAAAAUGUUUAUGGAAAAUCAAACUUUACAUGGGCAAAUGAAGGAGAAGAUUUUGAGGAACAGUCAGUCUCUCUGACUUUGCUGGAUGGAGAAAGAGAAAGCAAGGUGUCCAUAAAAAUUUUUGAUGAUGAUGAGCCUGAAGGACAGGAAUUGUUUUAUGUUUUCCUCUCAGAUCCUAAACAUGGAGCUCAGAUUGUGAAAGGAAAGGAUGAAUAUGGAUUUGCUGCUUUUGCAACUGUGAUUAUUGCAGGAAGUGAUCUUCAGAAUGGCAUUUUGGGAUUCAUUCCAGAAGUACAAAGUGGUCUUAUACUUGAUGAAGACUCAGAAAACAGAGAGGUGCUGCUGGUUGUUGCAAGGCAAUCAAACAGGGCAUUUGAAGAUGUGAAGGUCUUUUGGCGUGUGACAUUUAAUGAAACAAGUGCUGUCCUUCUGAAGGAUGGUGUGAAUUUGGAGAACGAACUUGUGUCUGUGCUGGGAGCCACUACCUGCAUGGCAGGUCAAACAAUGUGCAACAUCUCAAUUGAAAUAAAACCUGAUAAUGUACCUGAAUUUGAAACAUAUUUUUUUGUUGAGCUGUAUGCUGUAAGUGCAGGAGCUGCACUGAACAGCAGUGCCAGAUUUGCAUUUGUAACAGUUCUUGAAAGUGAUGCACCUCAUGGUUUAAUAUAUUUUGCUGUGGGAUCUCGUUUUGCUGUGGCUCAUAAGAAAACAACUUUAAUCAGUCUGCAAGUGCUUAGAGAUUCUAGUACAUCGGUAACCACAAAGGUUAGCUACAACAUGCAGGAAACAGUCAAAUGGUUGCUGGGUCCUUAUGAUAUAACUGCUUCAUUUGUCCAUUAUUGGUUAUCUGAUAGUGGGUUCUGCAGAGUGAUUGAUGGCACAUCAGACUAUGUGGAGUGCGCUUGUUCUCAUAUGUCCAUUUAUGCGGUGUAUGCCCAAACAGAUGACUUGUCUUCAUACAAUGAGGCCUUUUUCUCUUCUGGAUUCAUCUGCAUUUCAGGUUUCACUUUGGCUAUUAUCUCUCACCUUUUCUGUACCAGAUGUGCAAUGUUUGCAGCUAAACUUCUCACUCAUAUGAUGGUUGCUUGUUUGGGUACUCAGAUUUCAUUUCUGGCCUCUGCUUACCUAAGCCAACAUCUCUCAGAGGAAAGCUGCUCCGCACUUGCAUCUGUUACACACUACCUUUAUCUCUGCCAGUUCAGCUGGAUGCUCAUUCAGGUUAGUUUCAUAGACCUUUUUCACCCCUUCCCCAAAACCUCU